CAGGGGGCAGAGGGGCCGUGACGUGCGCCCGCCCUGAGGUGCAGCCCAGUACAGCCCCUGGACACGACUGACCCCAGCAGCAUGUGUCUCGGGGCUGCCCGCGGUCUGGGAGUCACUGGGGCACCCUCCCCCGAAUUACAAUAGUGACCGGAGAGAGAAGCGACGGGCAGCCUGGCCUUGCGUGCGCUAGCCGGUGCUCUGUCCCUGGCGUGCGCAGGGUCCCCGGCCCGGCCAGGGUUGGUCCCUGACCACUGAGACGGAGCAGAGAGGAAGUGGCCAGCUCUAGGCUCCGGGCCAGCUGCCCCUCAGUCCCGCCCCCAGCCUCGCCCUGCUGCAUAUCCAAGAAGGGGCCGGGCCGUCAGUGACCGUCCACUCCCCGCGUCCUGCUGAUAAACGCGCCUGCACCGUCCUGCCCGCCCCGCAGCCAUGGACCGCGACGACAUCGCCCUUCUGGCCACUGUCACCGUCCUGGGCGUCCUGCUACAGGCCUACUUCUCCCUGCAGGUGAUCUCGGCCCGCAGGAGGUUCGGCGUGCAGCCCCCGCUGACCAGCGGCCCGCCCGAGUUCCAGCGCAUCUUCAGGGCGCAGGUCAACUGCAGCGAGUACUUCCCGCUGUUCCUCGCCGUCCUCUGGGUCGCCGGCGUCUUCUUCCACCAAGGCGCGGCGGCGCUGUGCGGCCUCUGCUACCUGUUCCUGCGCCUCCGCUACUUCAAUGGCUACGCGCGCUCAGAGCUGCAGAGGCUGCCCCCGCUGUACGCGAGCGCGCGCGCGCUCUGGCUGCUCGUGGCGCUGGCCGCACUGGGCCUGCUCGUCCACUUCCUGCCCACGGCCUGGCGCUCCGCGCUUCUCGGACGGCUCCACGUGCUGCUGCCUCGCGCCUGAGUUGAGGACGCCGGGUCGGCAGAGCUGGGAGAAGAGGGGACCCUCCCGAGGA